AAACAAUAAUACAAACAUCGAAUUGUACGUUGAGCGACCGGGCAUUUUUUCUAAUUAUGUGUGAACUUUCGUAUUUAAGGAGAUUUCGCCGUUAGUAUCUGAAUUCCAAUGCGACUGCUUAUUUAAUCCGCCUGUCUUCUGGAAGAAAAGUAUAUUACAAUGGCUGAAGAAUAUAAUGAAAUAUGUGGAUUCUUAGAUGUUAAAUAUCUUGGUGGUAAAUAUAAAGUCCACAAGGUGAGAAAGAGGACAUUAGCUCCUUGGAAGGUUUGGCAAAGGCAUUGGUGUUCUAUAAGAAAACUAGGCCCUGGUUUGGGUGUCAAAGUACAACUUGAUUAUGGCAUUAGUAAUGGUGGUAAUGCAUCCCCGAAUGACAGAGACAAUUCAGUAAUAAUACCAUUAGAUGCUAUUAUUUGCCGCACCCAAUCUAGAUCUAAGCAGUUUGCUUUUGGUAUAUUCCCUACCAAAGAAAGAAAGCCUUUAUUAUAUUUGGCUGGUAAUUCAGAGACAGAAUCACAACGAUGGAUGGCAAAUAUCAGGCAGCUGUUGAGACCCAGAAGGCAUCCCAUUAUGCCAGGAUUUCAUAAUAUAUCUAUAAUCGAUAACGCGCAUUCUAAAGCGUCAGGAUACACUGGACUAUAUGGCGAUUUAAUAGCCAGCACAAUAGGAAUAUUUGUGAAAGAUGUUUAUACAGGUGAAAUAGUGAAAAAUCUGGAUUGGCAACAGGUUAAUCACUUUCACCUAAUUACAGUAGGUCGACCAGAGGAUGUUAAAUGUAUUUGCGUAAUUCAUACGACCAAAGAAUUUUGUGGCGGAGUUGGCGAGCUUCACGUAUUUUGUUUAGAAGCUGCUAAAUUAUUACAAGAUUUAGUGACCCAGGGUCGUGGUCCAAAAUGUAAACUUAAUCGAAGACCACUGAGCCUAAGCGAGGGUGACCUUAGAAUAUCGGUACGCGAUGAAAUCCAAAGAAAUUAUCCGCUGAUAAGCGAACGAAUGGAUUUCAAAACAAUAAAUGAAAACAAAGAAAUGAACGUACCGUGCGAUGAAAAGAAUUCUAAGAUCCAUAGCAAAUUAACAGAACCCUUCUAUCAACCAGAACCAGCUAGCGUUCCAAAUAAUAGCGAUAAUUCAGGUUUGCUCACUUUUCCACAUGAUAGAAGGAUUUCAGAUAUUUCAGUAGCUUCUGGAAUUUACGAGGAAAUUGCAGACGAGAUAGAUUCUAAUAAAGCAACUACUUCGCAUUUCUACAUGGAUCAAGUGUUUUAUAAUCGUCCAUCGGAAGAACCACCACCUCUACCUCCGCGACAAAGAUGUGCCUCUGAAUCAAUGAAGGGUAUCAGGUCUGUAACAUCGACUCGAAAUUCCGUGCUAGGCGAAGGAAACGCGUUUAAAUUGGAGAGAUUAAUCGACAACUGUAAUUACGUUCCCAUGUCACCUCGAUACAAAGAUAUCACUUUGCAUCAGCUACGAACACAGGCAUCUCUACAAGAAAGCGACUAUGUUAUCAUGCGAUGAACACUUCAACCAAAGCAGUGAGCAAGAUUUUCUGAAAAACUAAAUGACAUUUUGACAUUAAUUGACCUUUUCUCAUUCUUAG